AUGAAAAGAACAACUCCUCUUUUACUACUUCUCUUAAUUGGGUUAAUUUUGCCCUCAGUGUGGAGUGCAAAUGAAUACAGCAUUAAGCAUACAGGUGAAUUGAUACUGACAAAUCAUAUAAACAGCUUAGUUAAUGUAAGAGUGGUACCACAUGAAGAGACAUUCAGCCUUGAAUUAAAUAAUAUAAUAAAAUUUCCAGUGCACUGUAUCCCACAUAGUGCUGUUGAUUAUAACGUGGAUAGGAAGAAAAAACCACUUUAUUUUGUGAAACAUGAAUUUAAGAAUUCUAUACACUUGUAUAAGAAUAAUGUUAAUUUGAUGGCAUUAAACUUUCCUGACCGAUAUUACAUUGUUGGUAUAGCUGCAAAUAAUGGAUCCAUAUUAAUGAUAACAGAUGUAGAUAUUUACAAAAUAGAUGUAAAAAAAAAAAAAAUAUCAAUUUUGAACGUACUAUCUGAGAAAUAUGCAAACAUUAUGAACAAUAAGGAAAUGUUUUUUACUGGACUUAUAGCAGAUUCAGUUAAGAAUCAGUUUUUCAUCAUUUGUGCAAUUAAGCAAAAUUAUCUCAUUUUACACGUGAAACAUGAUGAAACAAAUGAUUACAUAGAAAUUAUUAAUGUUAUAGAUACUGUUAAUGGAAAACAUUUAAGAGUGUUAAACGGUAUAGCAAUAGUGAACGAUCAUUUAUACAUAACAGAAAAUGCAGAAAGUGUGUUAAGAUUGACUUUGAAUAGAACCAAUAAUAGUUCUGUUCAGACAAAAAAAAUGUAUUCAUUUUCGAAUGGAGACAAAAUAGUUGGGUUAAGUGUGAAUGCAUUUCCAGAUCCUGAGGAUAAGAAGUUGAUAAGAGAUUACCUCAUUGUGAAUACAAAACAUGUAUCUAAUGACAAGCCAUCAUCGGAGGGAAGGAUGUAUCUGAUGUCCAUAAAAGGAAAAAAUGAUUCAGUGGAUGUAUACACAAUAUUAGAUUUAUAUAGUAAAGAUUUGAACCCAUUAUAUUUUACCAUAUAUGAUGCACAUAUAAUAAGUGAAGAAGAGGAAUAUGAAAAGGGAUCCUUAACAAAAGAACUUAAUAAUAACAAAGCAAAAUAUUUAAAUUUGAACAGUGCAACAACAGGUAAUGUGAAUAUUGAUGAAGAAUUGGAUGAAGCUGAGAAAAAACAACAAGAAGAAGACAAUAAAUAUAAGAUAAAAAUUAUAUGGACGAAUAAUUACAACUGUACUGUUAACAAAGGUGUAAUAGAUAUAAGGAAUAUAAAAAAUAGUUCUAAUAAAGAACUUAAAAUACCAUUUGUUGAUAUCACAAAUCAGUAUGCAUUAGCACCCCAUGUUACAUCUGCAAGUACGUGUUCUGGAAAAGAAAAAUUAUUUAAACAGAUGUGUUAUUACGAUUCUGUGAAUAAUUAUGUCAGCAUUUUGAACAAAUUAGAAGAAUAUAACGAACAUUAUAGUGGAAAUUUUUUAUUUGAUGGACUUAAAAAUUUUAUAGCAUUUGAUUACAAGUCACUAAUGAAUGUGCAUGUAUUAACAUAUCCCCUGAACAAUACUGUUUAUGUACACAUGGAUAAAGACAAUUUAACAAUUAAUCUACCAAAACCAUUUGGAAUUUCUAUGGAUCUUUACAACAGUACAGAAAAUAGCGUCAUUUUUUACAUCACAGGAAGUGAUGAUGCCCAGAAUUAUGUAAAUAAAUGUGUAAUUAAAAAGAUGGAAAAAACGUACGAAUGCUAUAACAUAUAUAGAAAAAAAAAUGAAUCCAAUGAAUAUUUUCAACAUAUAUCCUUUAUAACGUAUGAAGAAAAUAAUAAUAAUAAUAAUAAUAAUAGCAGUAAUAAUAAUAACAAAUUGAGUUACAUCUACGUGACAAAUAACAAAACUAAUAUAUACAGGUUAACAAAACAUAAUGAGAAGUGGAAUUUUGAAGAAUGGCUUAAUUUAGAUGAACCACAUCAACGAGUUGGACCUAUUACCACCUCCAUAAAUUAUUUUUUUGUAAAACAAAAUGUUCUUGAAAAUUUCGUGCGUAAAUAUCCACAGUCCAAAUUGUUAGCAAAUUUUCAAAACCCAAAAGAGGAAGAUCUUCAUAUAACAGAAGAUGGAUACAUAUUCCUCGCCACAUCUCACACCAUUGUAUUUGUAUCAAAUAAUGAUUCAUAUGGGGAAGAAAGUGCAUCCAGUAUCCAUUUCUACACGUCCGUUCUGAAGGAGAAGUAUUACCAAUCCUUUUCCAUGGGAAGCAUAGUACUUAAUAUUGAGAACAGUUCGAAGUUUAGUUAUUACUUGGAUCAGUGA